AUGCUAGUCGAUACUCCUGGCGACUACAACCCUUACAAGGACCUGUAUCAAUAUGACGCUCCCGUAUUUGGCACUUUCACGACAACAGAUAUCGCCGGGAGCAAAUUUCCACAUUUCAAAGCAGUCAUCUACAACGACUUGGAGGCGGACAAUGAAACUUUUUUCCGUGGAGAGCUCUUGAUCAGCCUUCGCCUGAUGCUGGGCCAACUGAGAAAGAAGAAAGCACCGGUGAUUCUCUAUUAUCUCUUUUCCCCAUUCUAUGAUAUCUUUGGGGUUGCUGACUGGGGUAUCCUAUAUGUGUUACUCAUCUCAUUGGCGGGCAACCGUGCACGCUUAUUGGAGUCCUAUUUUGACGAUCAAUCUGAAUCGCUUAUAGUGCGCUCUUCUGGUCUUUACGAAUUAUCCGACUGGGUAUCGACAUCGAAGGCAUUCAAGACCCUCGCCGAGUAUUAUCUCGGCGAUCCAGCAGGGAAUACGGCCUGA